AUGGAGAUAUAUUCUAUUAGAAAAGAGAGGCAGAGAGGAAAUACAGUGUCUGAAUACGAGAGGAUGAGUUGGGAUGCUCUUCGUAAGAGUAUCAAUGGAUUCAUGAAUAAGGUUAACGCCAUCAACAUUAAGAACACUGUCCCUGAACUGUUCGGGGAAAAUUUGAUUCGAGGGAGAGGAUUGUUCUGCAGAUCGAUCAUGAAAUCACAAAUGGCUUCUCCAAUAUUCACUGACGUGUUUGCAGCGCUAGUUGCCGUUGUGAACAGCAAAAUACCGGUAAUAGGAGAUCUUUUGUUGAGAAGAUUGAUACUUCAACUGAAUAAACCUGCUAAUAAGCUUCAGUUGUUAGCAUCCCUCAAGUUUGUCGCUCAUCUUGUGAAUCAGCAAGUCGUGCACGAGCUUAUUGCGCUCCAGUUACUUACUGAUCUGGAGAUACCUAAUGAUGAUAGUGUUGAGGUUGCAGUUAGUUUUGUUACGGAAUGUGGUUCGAUUCUUCAGGAUCUAUGUCCUUCAGGGCUGUAUGCUAUUUUUGAGAGGUUUCGAGGGAUACUUCAUGAAGGAGAAAUUGAUAAAAGGAUUCAAUUCUUAAUUGAAAACCUUUUUGCGUUGAGAAAGGCAAAGUUUCAGGGAUAUCCUGCUGUUCGUCCUGAACUCGACCUAGUUGAGGAGGAAGAUCAAUUAACCCAUGAAAUCUCUCUUUCAGAUGAGUUAGAUUCUUAAAUUGCUUUGGACGUUUUCAAGCAGGAUCCCGAUUUUGCAGAAAACGAAAAGAAGUAUGAAGAAUUAAAGAAAAAGAUACUAGGUGAAGAAUCUGAGAAAGAAGGAGAUGCUGAUGCAGAAUCUGAUGAAGAAGAGGACGAGGAGAAAAAGGAAAUAAAAGACGAGAGCGAGACAAACUUGAUCAAUUUUCGAAGGACAGUCUACCAGACGAUUAUGUCAAGUGUUGAUUUUGAGGAAGCAGGGCAUAAACUGUUGAAAAUUAAAAUAGAACCUGGUCAUGCGAUGGAAUUAUGCAUUAUGUUAUUGGAGUGCUGCAGUCAGGAGAGGACUUUUCUCCGUUACUAUGGAUAUUUGGGUCAGCGGUUUUGCAUGAUCGACAAGGUUUACCAGGAGAACUUUGAUAAAUGCUUUGUGCAGCAGUACUCCAUGGUCCACCGUCUCGAAACUAAUAAGCUGCACAGUGUGGCUAAGCUUUUCGCUCCUUUGCUCGCCACUGAUGCACUGCUGCAUGUUUUGGCAUAUAUACUGCUGACAGAAGACGACACUACAUCCUCUUCCCGAAUAUUUAUCAAAAUCCUGUUUCAGGAGUUGGCAGAGCACCUUGGCAUCCAUUUGUUGAAUGAGCGUCUUAAUGAUCCGAUGAUGCAAGACUCGUUUGAGUCAAUAUUUCCAAAGGAUAAUUCAAAAAAUAUGAGGUUUGCAAUCAACUUCUUCACUUCCAUUGGUCUAGGUGGGAUAACUGAAAAUCUGCGAGUGUAUUCAAAGAACACGUCAAGGCUUAUCAUGAAAAAGCAAAAGCCUGUCUCGUUAGUGCCUGAGUCAGAAUCUGAAAGUAGUGACAGUGAAAGAGACGAUCAUCGAAGGAAGAAAAGGAGAAGAACUUGGGGCUUUUAGAUUACCAAGUCUUUCAAGUCUGAUAUUGUAGUUAAAUGUUUUUAGUCUAUCAUUUCUCUUCCGUUGUCUGGUAUCUGAUUUGACCGAAAACUUAUCACUCUGUUGUUGUUAUCAAAGAAGACUAUACGAUAUAAAUCCCUAAUGCUACAUCAUGCUA